GAUCGGGUCAAUGGAGCGAGAAGCCACCACCAACACCCAGCAAAAGAACCACCAAAAGGCUCUGCUCUCGCCGUCACGCCCCCCAUAUAUACGCGCGCCCCGCCCUCCACGGCGCGGCCACACCGCUCCUCCACAUCCCCUGCCGCAUACAACCGCGAGCGAGCUCAAGCUCCGAGCUAUCGCCGUCCACCCCAAGAAAGGCAGAAGAAACUGAGCGGGAAGGGAAGGAGCGGAGCCGUAGCUAGCGGCGGCGUCGGCAUGGGGAGGUCGCCGUGCUGUGAGAAGGCGCACACCAACAAGGGCGCGUGGACCAAGGAGGAGGACCAGCGCCUGAUCGGCUACAUCAAGGCCCACGGCGAGGGCUGCUGGCGCUCGCUGCCCAAGGCCGCGGGCCUGCUGCGCUGCGGCAAGAGCUGCCGCCUCCGCUGGAUGAACUACCUCCGACCCGACCUCAAGCGCGGCAACUUCACCGACGACGACGACGAGCUCAUCAUCAAGCUCCACGCCCUCCUCGGCAACAAGUGGUCGUUGAUAGCGGGGCAGCUGCCGGGCCGGACGGACAACGAGAUCAAGAACUACUGGAACACGCACAUCAAGCGCAAGCUCCUCAACCGCGGCAUGGACCCGCACACGCACCGCCCCAUCAGCGCCGCCGCCGCCGCCAGCGGGCUCACCACGUCCACCGCCGCCCCCGUCUUCCCUUCCUCUCCGGCGCCGGCGUCCAGGCUCGCCAACGCGCCUUUCGCCUCCUUCCAGAGCAGCACCGUGAGCUUCGCGAGGCCGUCGCCGUCGGACGACGGGCACAGCAGCAGCGGCGGGAGCAGCGACGCGCCCCGGUGCCCCGACCUGAACCUCGACCUGGACCUGGACCUGUCCAUGAGCCUGCCGUGCUCGCCGCCCAAGACCGCGCCGCCCGCCAAGUCCACGCCCACGUCGCACCAGCAGCAGGGCAUCUGCCUGUGCUACCACCUCGGCGUCCGCAACGGGGAGGCAUGCACCUGCAAGACGGCGUCGCCGGCGGACCCGCGCGUGUUCCGGUUUCUCCGGCCACUGGAGGAGGGUCAAUACAUAUAGCACGCUAGGCACCCGGCAAAACUCUCUACAAAGCACAAAACGAAGCAAGAGAGAGAGGGAGAAAAAAAGGUUUCUAAUUGAGAUAGCUGAUGUGGAUUAUUAUUAUUUCUCAUGUUUCGCUUCAUCCCAAAUAUGAUUCAUUUCUUCUUGCCAUAUA